AUGUGCUGCUGCUCCCUCCUCUCCUCCAUGACCCCCUUGCAGGGCUCCAGGACGCUGCAGGCCUCUUGCAGAGCCUCCCACUCCUCUUGGCUGAGAGGAGCCACAGACCCCGGGCACUGGGCGAUGCUGUUCCCAAACUGUGGAGGAUUACAGCAGUCACCCAUCAACAUUGUCACCAGCCAAGUGCACGUCAACACCGCCUUACAGCCCUUGGAUUUCAAGGGGCAUGAAAGCAAAAUUAAUAUCACUGUGGAAAAUCUUGGGUAUUCAAUCCAGUUCCUGCUGCCCCAGUCGGUGCGUCUGACCGGAGGAGCCCUGCCGGGGAACUACCGAGCCCUCCAGUUCCACCUGCACUGGGGGGCCGACGGAGGCCCGGGCUCAGAGCACACCAUCGAUGGAGAGAGGUUCCCCAUGGAGCUCCACAUGGUCCACAUCAAGGAGCCCUACAGCUCCCUGGCCGAGGCGGAACACGACAUGGUCGGCAUAGCGCUCCUCUCCUUCCUGUUUGAGGAGUCAAUAGACGACCAUCCUCACCUCAACACUCUGAUUGCUGCGAUGGGACACAUCCAUGAAAACGGCAGCUCAGCAGAGAUCCGAGACUUCAGACUGACCGACAUCAUCCCUCCUGCAAAGGACCUCCAUAGUUACUAUCGCUAUGUGGGCUCCAUGACGACGCCCGGUUGUGAGCAGGCAGUAGCUUGGACGGUGUUCCACAAGACCCUGCCCGUCAGCAGCAAACAGCUGGUGGCGAUAUCUCAGCAGUGUCGCUUUUGGAACGGCAAGCCCAUGAUGAACAUCUUCCGCCCGGUGCAGCCACUAGAUGGCAGAGUUGUCUACUGGUCGAGGGCCAGAGCCGUCCUCCCCAACAUGCUGGGCGCGUGUCUGUGUGUGCUCUGCCAGUUCUGGCUCUCGGCCUGGGGCACUUGGGGCGACACAAGUUUUGUAUAAAAAAAAGAGCAUUUUUUUUUACUCUAUAUGUCCAAUUGAAACAGAACUGCACGUAUUAUUCAGAACCCAUUUUGACAUUUUAAAUAUUCAGAUCCCUAGUUUUCGUCCAUUAGUGGAAUGAUUAAAGGAAAACAACGUAGUGUAAGUUAGGACCCUGAGAGGCAACACUUAACAACAGCCUGCACUCUGUAUUCACUGAAGACAACUUCUACUGCUUCUACUGCCAUCGUAAUUCAGUCUUAGGAAGAAUACGACAAACCAAUACGCACCAGAGCGCUGACAUAGAAUAACUAAUCACAUCUUGGAUAUAGCUCUUCUACAGAAGUUUCAUUUAGGUUAUGUUCAACCCAAGCCACAGGAAGAGGGUAGAGUUGAGGAGAGAAUGGGUAUUUUCUGUAUUUCUGGAGGGAAUAAAUGUUUCCAGGGUUUCUUCUACUCCUGCUUCUCUUCUGCAGUUUAACAUAGGUGUAGUGUGACUAGGGAGUCCUGGACUAAAUGAAUUGUCAAUAAUGAAUGACUGAUUUCAAUCUCCAAUUAAAAAAUUUACGUAUAUAAA